AUGGCUUGUGUUGCAUUGGCUUCUCUAAUGGCAACAAUCGACCUUGAGUUCCGAAAACCAAACCACAGAGUGUCUCUUCAUGCUGAAAAGCCAUUGAAUUCUCUGUUUGAGAAGCUUUCUUCUUUGCAAGCCUUUCUGGAGAAGGAAUACAACAACGGUGGUGCUCCAGCCCGUCAUCUGGCAAUCAAAAUCAGAGACUUUGCGCUCAAAGCUGAAGAUGACAUUGAGAUACAACUAAGAAGCUUUCUUCUAGCCCAAGACGGAAAGUGUCAAGCCAAAGCUCGUGGGGAACUCCAUCAAAGCUUGCGAAAAGCUGCAGAAGAUGCAGAAGAGCUGUCCAAGAUUAUUAACAACAGCAGAAGCAGUGAACCCGAAGCAGCCAUGACCAGUGAAACUCAUCCAUCCAUUCAUUGGUUGAAACCUGAGAAUGUUGUGUUGGAUGGACCAUCCUUGCCAUGCUCUCCAAAUCUUGAGGAUCAAUUUAAUGAAGAUGCCUUCAAUGCGGUAAAAAAGAUGUUAUUCUAUACCUUUGAGCCAAAAAACAUAGUUUCAAUUGUAGGAUUGCCAGGCAUUGGCAAGACUACUUUGGCUAAAAGAGUCUAUGGCUCAGAUAUGGCAGAAGGUUACAUUCGAGCUUGGGUUACUGUGCCUCAAGAGUACAAGGGAAACACUCUUUCUCAACUAAUCAAAGAGAAAUUACACAAGCACUUGGGAGGUAGGCAUAUGUAUUUUCUUGUUUUGGAUAAUAUACCAAACACCCGAGUUUUGGGUGAUAUCCUAACAUGUCUUCCUAAUGCUUCAUACCAAAUACGUAUAUUGCUGACAACUCAGUUCAAUGCUGUUGGUUGCGAUGCUGCCACAUUUGGCAAUGUGCAUAAAAUGUGCAUAUUGGAUCCAAACAGAAGUUGGGAUCUAUUUUGCAACAAACUCUCUCCCAAAGAGCUAAGAGCACCAAAAUUUGUAGAAAUCGCCAAACAUGUUGUGAAGGAAUGCGAAGUCUAUCCAAAAGGCUUUAAAAUCAAUGUGAAAAGGCUUAUUAGGAUAUGGAUUGCUGAGGGAUUUGUGAGGCAAAUGGAGUGUAAGGGAUUUGGGAGGCAAUUGGUCAAGGAUUUAGAAGAGGAAGGAGAUGUUGGAAAGUCGGUAUCUUUCAAGCUAUUAAGAAUUGUAGAUUUGAGUGCACUUCAAAUCUUCGAAAUAGUGCCAUUGCAUUUAAGAGAUUUAGUUUUUCUAAGAUACCUAUCUGUACCACCGUGGUUUGAGGGUUUAGACGAUGUAGUGUCAAACAAUCAGAAUUUGCAGACAAUUAUUGUUUGUGGUGGUGAACCACAACUACUUAAAACUGGCCAUUUGUCAUUCAGAAUUUGGGAGUUACCACAUUUAAGGCAUCUUGAACUUGGCAAUUACUAUGAGGUGGAUCCUCCAAACAGGAAUAUUGAGCAAUUACAAACAUUAUCGUGGGUUAGUCCAACUCAUUUCACUGAAGAGGUGUAUAAGAAGUUCCCAAACUUAGAAUAUCUCAAGGUUUACUAUAAAGGUGCCUUUGAUGAGCCAUGUAGCAGCCCUGGACCUUGCAGAAACCCCACCAUCAAUUUUGAUUAUAUUAGGUAUUUGUCGAAACUCGAGACACUUACCGUUAUAAUCCCAGAAAACAGUAUGACCCAUCUAGAGCAACUAGUGUUUUCUACAAGGCUGAAGAAGUUGAGGUUGAGCGGGACUAAUCUCCCUAUAAUGAAGUUUCCAAGGGUAUUGAGAGCUUUAAAGGUGCUCAAACUAGAAAACGCCUUCUCUGACCUAGUGUGGGGAUCAUUUGAAGAAUUUUAUAACUUAGAAGUGUUGCUCAUUGAGGCUACAAAUCUCCAGAAAUGGGUGGUCAAGAGCACCAAUUUCCCAAAAUUAAGUUGUCUAAUCCUAAGACGUUGUUAUCGUUUGGAAGCGAUCUUAUUUGAAGUUAGAUAUAUUGACACUCUAAAGACAAUUAAGGUGGAGCAGUGUUCCCCUUAUGUUGUCGAUGUAGCCAUGAAGAUUCUGGAGGAGCGAAAGUGGCUUCGGAAAAAGUCAAACGACCCUUGGGAGGCGUACAAUAUCAGGAAAGCGCGCCUAAAUCGAGUUGAUGCUUUCUAUACGCCACUUACUGUUGUUGUCGACGACGUGAUUCAUGAUGUUCAAUUUUAA